AUGGGGCUUCGCACACCAACAUCUCACUGGCAGCUCCAGCAUGUUCCUCUGAAUGCCACCAAGAACUUCCAGGUGGAGUUUGAGGUUCGCAAAGGACCAGGGAACUCUAAAGGCAGCUUCUCUAUUGAUGACAUCAAUCUGUCUGAGACAGAGUGUCCACAUCUAACCAUGCAGAUGGAUGAGUUUGAGAAGCUGGAGUGGCCUUGCCCAUAUAGACAGGUGACUGUUAAAAUGCUGGAUCAGAACCCCAACAUACAGCUGCAGAUGUCAAAGGAAAGGAGUCUCACCACUGACCCAAAUGUAGCCAGUAAUGAUGAUUCAUCCAUUGCCUUUAAGAUGUACUGUGGCUUUUCUGAAGAGACUAUCUGUGACGUGAGCCGCUAUUCACGCACUGGUACUGGCUGGGAAAGAGUACAACAUGUUAGUGGGGGCCCUACCUUUGACCACACCAGUCUACCCAAUGGAAAUAAUGAUCAAGGUCAAGGUUCAGGUCACUUCAUGCAUGCUAGCACAGCAUCAGGUCAGGAGGGAGACUCAGCCUGGCUGCAGACCCAGAGGAUGAGUCUCAACAGGGAGUGUCCCAGCCAGUGCCUCCAGUUCUACUAUUACCACAGUGGGAACCAGUCAGACCAACUCAACAUCUGGAUGAGAGAGUUUCAAGAUGAGCAGGACUCCACAGGAACCCUCCGCCUCAUGGCACAGAUCACUGGGACACCAACAUCUCACUGGCAGCUCCAGCAUGUUCCUCUGAAUGCCACCAAGAACUUCCAGGUGGAGUUUGAGGUUCGUAAAGGACCAGGGAACUCUACGGGUGGCUUCUCAAUUGAUGACAUCAAUCUGUCUGAGACAGAGUGUCCACAUCUAACCAUGCAGAUGGAUGAGUUUGAGAAGGUUUUGAACACCACUGAGUUUUCAGCCAUUAAAUACAGCCGACGGCAGUACUCCAGAGAGGGCUAUGCUUACAGGAUAGCAACAACAUUCGAUGGAGAAUUCUUUAUAAUGUAUGUGCAACUCGUGUCUGGUGACUAUGAUGACCAGCUGGAGUGGCCUUGCCCAUAUAGACAGGUGACUGUUAAAAUGCUGGAUCAGAACCCCAACAUACAGCUGCAGAUGUCAAAGGAAAGGAGUCUCACCACUGACCCAAACUGGAAUGAUGGAAAUGGUACCUACUACUGGGACAAUCCCCGUAAGAUUGGAACUGAAGUUACAGAUGAAUAUGACACAUUCUUUGCUGGAUUUCGGAUUGGCUGGAACAAUCUGGCAUCUUUGGAAGAAAUUCAAUCCAGAGAGUUCCUCAAGGGAGGGAGUGCCAUUUUUGUUUCCAGUUUCCAAGGCAGGACAAUUGCUUUAAUUGUUAAAUUCACAUCUGUUUUCACCAUAGUGGAAACUAUGUUGAAUAACCUCACUGAUCCAUUCUUCUUCUGAUAGAUCUCACUCCUCUUAUAAAUGGAAGUGCGCUUCCAUGUCCUCAGAUUCCAACAGUGAGGAUUACAAAUCCGCCCCAAGCUCAGGAUAAUGGCCCAUGUUCACGCGGUGCUGGCUUCUCUCCUGGCAUGGUGGCUUCUCCUUUACUCACCUUCCUGCUUACACUGAUGUUUUUGACUCCUUGAAUUCCUGAUAUCGAUGCCCUCCACCGUCAUCUCACCUUUUUACAAGGACAGCACCAGCAUAUACACUGAAUUGCUUUAAGGUUUCAGAUUAUUAAAAUAAAUUAAAAGAGAAGGACACAAUGGGCAAUG